AUGCUUUAUCUAUCUAUUAAGUCUCUGGCAUUAGCAGCCAGUAUCCUGCCACAACUUGCCCAAUCAGCCGGUCUAGAUACUGCUGCUGUUGCUCUCGGAAAACUAUACUUUGGAACCGCGACCGACAAUCCAGAGUUAACAGACACUGCUUAUGAGACACAACUUAAUAAUACAGAUGACUUUGGUCAGAUCACGCCUGGAAACUCUCAAAAGUGGGACGCAACCGAGCCAACGCAGAAUACCUUCACUUUCACCAAAGGAGAUGUGAUUGCCGAUCUGGCGGAGGCUAAUGGCCAAAAACUGAGAUGCCAUAAUCUUGUGUGGUAUGAGCAGUUACCAAGUUGGGUGACGAGCGGUACUUGGACCAAUGCGACCCUGCUCGCUGCUAUGAAAAACCAUAUCACAAACGUAGUUACUCACUACAAGGGUCAAUGCUAUGCAUGGGACGUUGUGAAUGAAGGUCUCAACGAUGACGGGACUUACCGUGACAACUUGUUCUACCAAUACAUAGGCGAAGCCUACAUCCCUAUCGCAUUCGCAACUGCUGCUGCUGCUGACCCAGACGUCAAACUCUACUAUAACGACUACAACAUCGAGUAUGCGGGCAGCAAAGCCACAGCAGCGCAGAACAUCGUCAAGUUGGUCCAAUCUUAUGGCGCCAAGAUCGAUGGUGUAGGUCUGCAAGCUCAUUUCAUCGUGGGCAGCACACCUAGCGAGAGUAGCCAGGCAAGCAACAUGGCAGCAUUCACUGCUCUGGGCGUCGAAGUCGCAAUUACGGAGCUGGAUAUCCGGAUGACUCUCCCCGAGACAGAUGCAUUGCUCGCCCAGCAGAAAACUGAUUACUCCAACACCGUUGCGGCCUGUGUGGCUACUAGUGGAUGUGUUGGUAUUACGAUUUGGGAUUGGACGGAUAAAUACUCCUGGGUACCUGACACCUUCUCCGGACAAGGUGCUGCUUGUCCGUGGGAUGAGGAUUUUGUCAAGAAGCCUGCAUAUACGGGAAUUUUGACUGCGUUGUGUGGGACUGCGACCGAAACUGCUACUUACACAGUGAGUAGUACUACUACAAGUUCGAGUUCAAGUGCGACUGGUGUGCAGGCGUAUGGGCAAUGUGGCGGUGAGAAUUGGACUGGGGGAACGAUUUGUGUUAGUGGGUAUACGUGUACGUUUUAUAAUGAUUGGUACUCGCAGUGCGUCUAA